UGCCUCUGAGUGACGACGACGGCGACGACACCCGAUCCUCAACGGUUCCUCUGGGAAGCGGUUCGAUGCAGGAUUGGAUGGGGAGCCAGCUGUACAGACAGUCAUCGACGCCGACAUACACUGAUCUGCUGGAGGGGCGGACCCCGGUUGGUUAUGACGCAGGACUCGUAGAUCUCAGCUUCGGCUUGAGAUCUGGGAGUGUAGAGGACGUCACACACACCGUUCUCGUGAACCCAGCUUUAGGCACCAACCACGCACCGCCUUUCGUGGGGCCGUUGGGCCUUCCUGAUACCCGCGGCUGGUGUUCUGGUCAGUCGGGCGACGAACGUGGAGUCCUUUCGCGAAGGCGGGGGGCAGUGGGCACAGCAGGUGUGGCCGCGUCGAGAACGAGGACAGGUGGAUCGACGACGCCAGCCGGUAGAAUCGACGGACGAGGGGACGACGGUGAGGGCUCCGCUGCGGAGGUCGUGGGACGAAAGGUUUGGGAUGAUCAUCGGCGACAAUCGCGUCAAUCGAGCACGUCCGCCAUAACGAGAGGGGUGGCGAACAUUAAUGUGAGGGCGGGCGAUGGAUUCGGCAAUUGCGAUGGUGCAGGGGGCGAAGAUUACGCUGCACGCGACGGGAGCAAUGACAACAAUGAGGACGACGACGGGGAGAUGAAGAUUCGUCCGAUAGGGAGGAAGCGGGGAGGGUCAAGGCCCAAGGGUCACAAGCAAGUCUACAGAACCGCGCGCGGGGCGGAGAGGCAAGAAGGGUGCGGGAGAUACGUCGACAGGCGAGACACGGGUGUGGCCGGGGGUGUUCAAAUGCCUUGUCCACGUGGAGGUCGGAAUGAAUCCGGCGGUAGCAAGGAAUGCGGGGAUGGACAGGACGACGAUCAGGGAUCGACGAGGGAUUCAACGUUCAGCGGCGUUGGUGGUGGCGGGGGCGGCAAACGGAAGAAUGUAAGACAACAGACCUUCGACACGAUUGCGGACGUCAUGAAGCCUGAUGAAGGACCACGGGAAUCUGAUGGCGACGACGGUGGACAGUGCGAGCAAGAGGCAGUGCUCAAUUCUGACGAGGCAAUGCGACAUUCUGGAGCGAGAGCUAGAAGUGCAGAAGGAACACUACGUGAAGGCCGACCAGGCGAACUUCAUGAUGUGCAACGCCCUUCUGGAGAUGCUAAAGCGGGGGCUUCAGGUGGAGGCAAAGCACCGUCCUCGCAAAAGGGCGACGCGACGGCGAGCGACACUCGUACGGCGGCGGCGGAUCACAGCAGUAGAAGCGCAGUCGCCGAAGGUGCGGAGGAGGCGAGGGUCGAUGACGUCCGUCGCGACGAUGGGAGAAGAGAUGGAAAGCGGGAGGGCGAUGACAACGAUGACUGUCCACUUGUAACGAGGUUGAAGGGAGCGGCAAAGGAGGACGAUGUGGAGGAGAGGCCGAAGUUGUGGGUUGAUUGCGACGCUUUUUGGGGUCAGGGCCCGGGGAAACCAUUGAGGGAGGCGGUAGGCGACUGCGCGGACUACUUCGUCGCCAUCGCUAACGGAGACGAAGGAGCUGAACCGCCUGCGAUGCUCGUAAUGCAGCCGAAUGAUGUGUCGCGCUUCAAGAUCGAGGACCCUGCGAAGCACGAACCCGCUUUGCGCAGAGCGCGCAACGUGGAAAAACAAGUGUUGCGCACCAUCCACGGUUGGAUCUUCAAGUCAUCGUCGAGGUUGGCUGGCUUCGCUCGUGCAGAGUUGUACAUUAGCGUGGACUUCGCUACAGACAUCGCACGAGCAGUUUGGCAGGGAUACGAAUGGUCGAAAGUGGUUUCCCCUGCCCUGGUCUACCACACGCGGGCGAUGAAGAUGGACGUUCCUCUGUGGUUCACGGGGGUGAAGAUUGUGGACCGGCCCGAAGACGACGACAUGGUGGCGCGGCAGGAGGCGACAGUUCUUCGCGUGGCGGACUGCUGGACAGAUGAAAUCUGGUGUGGACAAUGGGCGGCCGGCGGCCGCGUGAAAUAGGAGAGGUUGUCUCGGCUUGCGAAUUGUCUUCGAGCGUUGUUGAGCGCGUGCAUGUGGAUCAUGCGCAUGGGUGGUC